AAUCAACAACAACAAUGGACGCUCUCGAGAUCUUCGACGUCCAGGCCUCAGCCGCUGAUGAGUCCUCCUUGCCGGGGGCGUGAAGGCCCGCAGGAAGUACGCCCAAGGGAACGGCAACUGGCUGGAACACGCCUUCAACGACAGCGACUGCCUCUACGGCUCGGCCGCCCCCGACUGCCACUUGAACGCGUCCCAGGCCGCAGCGCUCCCGAACGUCACGACGUCCCUUCAGCCGCCCUGAACAACACCGGCACGGGCGGCGGCGGCGGCGGCGGCGGCAUGACGACCCUGCCCCCGCACCUACGCUUCGACGAGCGCUCCAUCAACGACAUCGCCGCUUACAGCGUCCUCUUCGUCAUCGCCGCCAUCGGCAACCUGACGGUGUUCAUCACGCUCUUCAGGAACAGGCACAGGAAGUCCCGGGUCAACCUGAUGAUCAUGCACCUCGCGGCGGCCGAUCUCAUGGUCACGAUGAUCAACUUCCCGAUCGAGGUGGGUUGGAGGAUCACCGUCCAGUGGCUGGCUGGGAACCUGGCCUGCAAACUCCUGAACUUCCUCAGGGCCUUCGGGCUCUACCUGUCUUCCCUGGUGCUCGUCUGUAUCAGUCUCGACAGAUAUUUCGCCAUCGUCCAUCCGCUGAAGGUGAACGACGCCCAGAGAAGAGGGAAGAUGAUGCUCUCGUUCGCCUGGUCGAUAGCUGCCGUGUGUUCUAUACCGCAGCACUUUAAGCAGUGCGUGACGUUCUACUUCUUCGAAACUCCUGUAGAGGAGAGGACCUACAAUGUCUUCUGUCUCGUGGUCAUGUACUUCCUACCCCUCCUGAUCAUCAUCGUCGUGUACUUCAGGAUCCUGUGGGAGAUCUCGCAGAAGUCCAAAGGACAAGAGAGCAGCAGCAGCAACUGCGGGAACCGCGAGGGGCGUGUGCGCCUGCGCAGGAGCGACAUGACCAACAUAGAGAGGGCUAGGGCCAGGACCCUCAAAAUGACGGUCAUCAUAGUGUUGGCCUUCAUCAUAUGUUGGACGCCCUACGUCGUCAUGGUGCUAUGGUACAUGUUCGACAAGCAGGGAGCAGAGCAGGUUCAGACGUCCUUCCAAGAUGCCCUCUUCAUCAUGGCAGUCAGCAACAGCUGCGUGAAUCCCAUCGUCUACGGUACCUACACCAUCAACCUGCGUAAGGAGCUCAACAGGUGUUUCGGCCGGAAGUCCAAGCCUCCGGUUCUGGCCCGGAAAUCGACAGUGAUGACCACACAAGAUGGGCGUGGCUCCAAGUUGCAACUAAGAGGUAGUCUCUCUGCCCUGCACCAAGAUGAAAUCCCAGGCUCUACAGCCAUGCGGACCACCGUCACAGCCCAGCUGAGCAGUUCUAAAACUCUCAAGAUGUCGACGCAGACUCAGGUCCUCCCAACCAACGGGUCUACUCGCACCAACUCCAGGAGGACCAACAAUAACUCCAGUAGGGAGUCCCCUACCCAGUGUCUCAGGCCCCUCCCGCCAUCCCCACCCCCGACAGUCUCCUCCUCGUCAUUCCAGGUGUCGCCAUUCUCGUCGUCCACGAAGCUCAACUUGGAGCUCCGUGGGUCCCCAACCCACCCCCACCACCACCAGCAGCCGGCCUCAAUGGCCUCUGGCUGUGUCAUGCUGGAGAUUGAGGUGGAUGUCGACGAUACUCUGAAUAAGGGCAUUCCAGUCACUCCUCCUCCUGUUCCUCCUGAGGACGGGAGGUCAUCAGCGGUGGCUGCUGCUGCAGCAGCGGAGGGCUAUCCAGCCAAACCCUCAUCGGCCGGGGAUGACGCCCCGUCAGCGACGCGCCUCCCGUACUUCUGCUCAUCCUCCUCCUCUGGAAACACCCGGAAGUACAACAUCCACGACAGCGUACCCUUCGAGAACGUCCAGCUGAAGUCGUUCUCCCAGAUGAAGGGGACGCCCAUGUUCCAGCCCAAGUUUCCGGACCACGUGCAAGAGUCCGCCGCCACCGCGGAGGAGCCUGGAACAGUGGCUAUCCACCGAAAGCUGUCAGCUGAUUCUGGGGUGUUCUUCGACAGCAAGCAGAGGAGGAAGCAGACUAGCCAGUUCAUUCGCGAGCUCUCUGGUCAGAGUAGCAGCGAUGGAGGUCGUCACUUGGCCUCCUCCAGGCACUCUAGUAUCGAGAUGAAGUGCAUCAACCCUUUGAACAACUUAGUUUGAAUCAAGCAAUACUCUGGCAGCGGUUUCCGGUGACCGAGAUUUGAGACAGACUCCUGACGAACAGUCUUAAACAAUCUAACGAAUGUGUUCGGUUUCCGUGUCGUCACGAUGUACAAUCUAUGAAAUCCUCAGCUUUUUUUUAUAUAUGAUGUGAUUUUUUAAACAUAUCUUAAUAUGGUUCUCUGUUCGUUCUUCGACUUAAUCGAUUUAGUAGUUGCAGAGAGACGGUGCUUUCCAUUACUACGAAACGAAGAGAAGACUUUGGCGUACUGUGCAUGAUUUGAUCUUGGCGUGACCGUCUUGUUGUGAUGUGAAAGCCAUAUAGAAUGUAACGUUGUUGCUCAAAACUCAUAUCAAUAGUUAAAUAGCGAUUUGAAAUUUCAUUUCUUAAGCGAAAUUUCUUUUCGUAAACAUGUCGUCAACUUGUUGUGCACACAUGAAAAAAAAUAUUGGAUACAAGUUGACAACUGGUUUAUUCUCUUCACACGACUACCAUAUAUUUGCCAAAGAUUUGUUCCCCUAUAUUGGCGUCGACUUGUGUUCAACCUGUGUGUGACAUGUGGGCAAUAAGUUUCCAACAAGUGUUUACACCAUGUUGACAGUAGUGUGAAUGCAUUCUAAGUUUUGGUGGGAUAAUUUCAAAGUGAAAUGGUACUGAAUCAAACAUUCCAACAUAUGAGAGAUGUCAUGUGCACACAAACAGUUGUACUGGUGUGUAGAAGUGCAGAAAUAUUUUUGCACAAAAAUGACUGGUGGAUAGCAAUUUAGAAGAAAUGUAUGUUGAAAAGUGAGGAAAAAUGUGUUAAAGAUGAUUUUAAAUAGAGAACGAAAGCAGUUUGGUACUUGCUACUCCUCAGAGGUUUUGGACAAGAAAUUUGAUCUUCAGUUUUUACAGAAAAAUACUUAAAAAGGAAACCUGAACUUUGUUUUGUACAGAAAUACAAUUCAGGAUUAUGGACAUUAUCUAAGUUGCUCAAGGGAGGUGUAUGUUCGUGAUUGUUUUAGAAGCCAUUAGAAGGAAAUACUGUUCAUGUAAAAGAGUAAGUGAUGGCUUGAG